AUGGUAAUAAAAAGCUCCGAUUUCUGGAAGAUGGAGCUUCCUAUCAAUGCUAGUUGGAAUCUUAAGAAGCUCCUGAAUAUGAGAUCUUCGGUUUAUCACCUGGUUGCUGGCCGAGACAGAUUGCUUAGCACUAAACAGAUUUGGGAGGACAUGUUGUCCAUGGCCCCGAAAGUUGCGUGGCAUCACUUGGUUUGGUUUUCUGGGCUUAUUCCCAAUCAUUUCAUUAUCUUGUGGAUGGCCAUUUUAGAUAGACUCCCUACCCGAGCGAGGCUUUUACGGAUGGGAAUAACCAUUGAGAAUGUUAAUUGCUUGUUUUGCAACAUGAUCCCUGAAACUCAGAGCCACAUUUUCUUCGAGUGUGACUAUGCAAAAAGUUUAUGGGCAUCCAUUCUCCAGCUCUGCGACAUCAAUCGCAAUAUAUGCCAUUGGGACGGUGAGCUUGCGUGGGCUGUGCAUUGCUUUAGGGGGAAGUCUCUCCUCACGAGAGUGUUAAAACUUGCCUUUACGAGUUACGUGUAUGGCAUUUGGAGAGAGAGGAACAACAAACUGUUUGGGGGUAAGACAAGAACAAUGAUCGAAAACCUGGAAGACAUUAAAGACACUAUUCGAAUUCGGAUGUCGGGCUGGCGCAUCAACAUGAUGGACUUGAGAAAUGCUGCCAUUUGUGCACGAUGGGGCAUUGCGUGA